UGUUUUUAUCUCAACGCUCAGUUCGUCAGGGACGCUUAAUUGAUCCUCUGUAACAUUUCACAUAUAAGCUUUCAUAAGGGUGUGGCAACAUAGAAGUUAAUGUCAUCGGAACAUCUCUAACGAAAGAAUGUGAAGAUGUGUGACUCGGAGACUUGUAGUUCUUGUGAUUUUGACACAAGAUAUCCGAGCAACAUUGUCAGACCAGUGUGUGACACCUAUGCCAAGUUGUCAUUUGUGGUGUACCGUCUGCUUAUAGUGACCUACCUCAUUGUGUUUUUAGUGAUUCACCUCUCUACCUCCAUCGCAGGAGUGAGUGGGUUAAAGGUAUUCAUCUAUCUAUCCGACUGGAACUUAGUUCUUACCACACUCUAUCUCAUCGUUGCUUUCCUCAAUGCGGUAGCGGACUAUGCCUACUACCAAUGGUAUGGCAUGUAUUUUGGCAGUUACCACAAUGAACCACCUGUCCUCUACAGACUACAGUGGUGUCUUUUCAGCAUCUGUAUCAUCAUCUCUUUACUCAUCGCCGUAUCUUUCUGGCCAACCGUCGGUUAUGACCUACCGACAUACAAACUAGCAGAGAACAUCAACAUACAUGCUGUACCAGGUAUCAUCAUGGUUAUUGACCUCAUGGUGACGGCAAUACCGAUUCGCUUCUUCCACGUAAUCUAUCCGUUAUUCGUGGGCGGUAUCUACCUGGCCUUUGCGGCAAUCUACUGGGCUGCAGGAGGCACUGAUCCAUAUGGACACCCCUACAUCUAUCGUCUUUUGGACUUCAGCCAUCCAAGGAUCGUAGGACUUGUCGUUGUUGGGGAGACCGUAGGUGCUGUUGUGUUUCAGUGGUUGUUAGCAGGCUUAAAGCUAUUGAGGAAUAAGGUCGCGUAUGACUGCAACUGCGCCCCGAGGGUCCGAUCUGUGGAAGUCAUUCCUUUGACCGAAGUAGCUACCGUCGCUUCAUAUUCUUGACUUUUGUCAAAGGCAUUCUUGAGAUUUUGUUGGGAUUGGACUAUAAAUGCUGCCACAGUGCCUUUUGAAAUGCUCCAGAAAUACAUCUAAGGCAUUUGACUAAAUAGGUAUCCGUCAUUUAAUGAUAAUGUUCUAUCACAGGCAUUAAUUCUUUUGUGUGCCAAAUCUACAAUAUACUUCUUAUCAAGGAUAGAUUUCCGAUAGAUUUGUCAUUUCUGAGGAUAUGUUAUUGAAGGUAGUUGUACAAAGCAUAUACUUCAUCCAAACAUCAAUAUUAAAUUGAUAAAAAUAUGGAUAAUACCCCCUUAAAACUAAAGUAUAGGGAUAUUUCCUGUGUGACCCAGUAAUUAUCCCGUAUAAGUAUAGCCUAUGGCUAGUACUUGUUGGAUGGACCGGUUAUUGAACUGUCUAAUCGGCUCGAGGAGACGGCUCGAGGGGGGCGAUUGUCAUCAAAAUAAUGCGACAGUCACAGAUAUAAAAAUGACUCCAAAUAAUGUGUCUGCCUUAAAAGCAGUUGGUCAUUCAUUGAUUUGUGUAUAACGUCCCUCAAUGCACUAAACUUUUUCAAUUAUUUAUUCUCUUGUAAUAUAAGAGGCAAUUAUCUUUCACAUAUAUGUCUUCAUAUGUGUAAUAUUUUAGUGUCAUUUCGUUUACUUUUCAUAUCCUUUCGAAACUUACACGUUUUUAUUCAGCUUUUGGCUGUGACGCAUGUUUUGAUUAACCAUUUUCGGGGGUCGGACUGGGGACUGUUUAUUGAAAGGACUUGUCGGACAUUUCAUCAGACAAGUGUUUUAUCCGACAGUAACCAUACUGAAAGUGCCUCUCAGCCAAUCAGAAUGAAGGAAAGUUGUCAGAUCCAACUGUUGGACAAAACUAUUGAUGAAACACCGCCUGGAUUCGGUUUGCCGGUAUAUACUGUGACAUGAAAAUGUCACAUGACAUGUCAGUACAAGGAAAGUUACAGGUAGACGUAUUUAACCAAAUAUUUAUUCCUGGUGGUAUGGCGUAUAUAGGCAUUAAUUCUGCACAUGUGCAUUAAUGGAUUGUUUUGAUAAUUAUAUGUUACAUAAAUCAAUUACUGAUUUGUAAAGGAAAGUGGAUCCGUUGUAUUGCUUCUCAUAAGUUCGUCUGAGGGUUGGCAAACUAGACAGAUAUUUGAAACCUAGUUUCUGUAACAAAAGUUUUGAUAUUAAUAUAUCAAAGAUGUGUGACUCGGGUACUUAUUUUUCUUGUGGUUUUGAUACGAGACAUUCAUCCGACAUAAUAAGACCAUGGUGAAUAUACUCUUAAUUUAUUUGUAAUAAUAAUUAAUUCAACUUUGAACAUCAUUGUGGUUGUUUGACAGUCAUGUCUAGAAUGAAUACAUAUGACUCUGUAUAGUUCAAGCCAGAAUUAUAAUCA